AUGCGUGGUCUCAUCCUAUUAGCUCUUUUCGUCUCCGCCGCCGCCGAAACCGUCCAUUGGCAAUGGCGUGAGAUUCGCUGUAAACCGACGCCGAAUGACGUGUCUGGACAGGCGUCAACAUGUGAACUUCAGCUGAAAGAAGAUGAGAAUGAUCCGAAUCCAAGGACGGUGCCGUUCAACACGUGUUUCGAGGAAACCGUUAACGGAGAGCCAAAAAACUACUGUGACGUGCUCUGUCCAGGCGCCGAUACGGCAUACAGGAUCACUGUCUAUCCGCAACGUCACAAGUCAUGCUUCACUCACACCACCUAUCGACUUGAGAGAAGAGAGGAUAGCUUUUAUAUGUGGAGAUCGGGAAGAUGCCGCGAAUCGGAGGUCGGCUUCACAGUUCGAUGCGAAUUCAAAUCCGCUAGGGCCGAUUUUAUGACAGAUCAAGAGUUGUUCCGCGUCGCCCGACGACUCUCGUAA